AUGAAGGCCGAGAAGGCCUUGCCUCCUGGGCGGCAAGUUGAGUACUACAGCCAAACGUCCUCAAGGUGGAGACCUGCAUUGGUCUUGGGCUUUGACCGCUCAUCAGGUACAUACCAGUUGGACAUCCAUCCAGCUGCAGAUCCUCGCAAGGUACGUCCAGUGGCCGAGAAUGCAGGAGACACCUUGGAAGACAAGAAUAGCGACCAGGCGCGCUUUGUGACAGGCGAUUUGGUGGAAUACUUCAGUAGCUCCUACCAGCUGUGGAUUCCAGCGCAAGUGGUGGGAUGGGAUUCCCAGAGAUCUGCCUACAUCCUGAACGUACAACCUGUUGCACCACCCCACAAGGUGCGGAACCCCCCUUUGCCGCCCAAGUCCGUGGAGAUCCCCAUGGCUUUAAAGGACGACCGGUCCGAGUCCGAUGGGAGCAGAAGGAGGGUCGCUUUGGGAUAA